AUGCUUAUUGCAUCGAUACUAUUUUGCUAUAUUCCGUAUCGUCGUUUAGCCGUUAUUAAAAAGAAACUUGAAGAUAUAAGUGAUACACAUAUUUAUUAUAUGGAUCUAUUAAAAUAUUUGUUUAAUCUAACAAAUUGCAAGCAAAUAUCAUGGAGCACAUGGAAUCAAUGUACAACGGAGCAGCUAAAUAGAAGACGUCAACGCGAGCUACCAUUUGCGAAUUGUCAACUAGUAUAUGAAAAUAUGUCAUGUGAUUGUCAUCUUGAAUUAAUUGAAGAUAUUCAACAGAUCGAUGAGAAUUCCUAUAUUCAUUAUGGAUGUAUUCCAGAUUUUAAUCAACAAUUAAUUAUAUUACCAGUUAAUGCAACAAUUGUUAAUGUUACUACUACCACAUUGAUGUAUAAUUUACGUCAUAAAAAGGCACCAAUAAGUGAUACGUGUGAAAUUAGAGUAAAAAAUCCAUCAAGUUUAUGUCAAAUUUUUGCAAAUUUAACAAAUCACAUAAUGCAUGAUGGAAUAAUUUGUAAGCUUAAUCAACGAGCAACAGAAUAUCAACAAUGGAUUUUUGAUGAACAAAAAAAAGCAGAAGAAAUUUUAAGAGAAAGUGAUUAUGUUGUGCCAAGAAUACGAACACGAAUUAAUCCUUGGCCAAAUGAUUUUCGUAUUCUUCUCAAAAUGGCGAAUGAAAAUGAGAAAAAUGAUAAAAAUGAAAGAUGUGACACAAUUAAUAAAUUAACCGAAUUAGAGAUACAUUUUCCAUCUAAUUUAUUAUCAAAAUAUUUAAGGAUGAAUUCAUUAUUAUCCAAAAUUAAUCAUACUAAUAAUGCAUCUCAUCUAUCAGCUGCAAUAGCAACAGGUGUUCGUGAUUUUUGCGCCAAACGAACAGCUAAUGCAGUUUGUAAAAAAAGGCAAAUACUGGAAGCAGUUGCUGAAAAAACACGAAAAUUACGAGAAGAUAGUCAUCGUCGAGUGAAGCAACGUAAAAUACAACUUGAAAAAGAAGACGAAGAAAAACGAAAUGAAUCAUCAAUUAAAAUUAAACAGCAGGCUAUAAAAAUCAUUUCAAAUAGAGGACGCAAAGUUCAUGACCUACCUGGCACACCUGUUGCUAAGCGUACGAGAAAUGCUCUUGGUUUAAUGCCAAUUGAUAAGCGACUUUGUUGCAGAGGAACGGAAAAUGAAAAAAUUGCACCAAUGAAUGCUAUGAAAGAGCGCCGAAAACGACGAAUUAAAAUGACAAAGAAGGCCGAAAAAAAAGAAGCAUUUCAUGAUGAUAACAGCAAUCAUUUAUCUACUACACUUCAUAAUGAUAAUGAGGAUUACUUAUCUGCCACUUUUCAUGAGAAGCAUUUAUCAACAACUGGUGCUAAUCAAACUGCUUGUAUCAAAUCCAGUCCGGAAAUAGCAAUAUUAUCCGAACUUGAAACUGCUAUUUCCAAAAAAUCUAAUACGGAAGAAAUAUUUCCGUCCAAAUUUAACUGCAACACACCAAGAAUGAAUAAUUCAUCAGACACAUUAACUGCGAUUUCCAGUCCUGAUAAACAUACGAAACAGAGACAUACAGGUAUUUCGCGUAUAGACGCAUCAAAAUCACGUGAUACGUUGCGAGUUCACACGUCAGAAAAUUCAACAAGUCAAAAAGAUGCUGUUGAUACUGAUGCUAAUAAUUCAUUAUCAAAAAGAUCAACAUCAUUAAAUACGGCAUCAAUUUUGGAACGUACACGUCCUGAUGAUAAAAGUGUUGAUAUCACUCAACGAUCAACAAAUGCGACUCAUCGAGAUAAAAUUGAUAGCGAUGAUAACACAAUACAUAAUGAUAUUACAAAACGAUCAACAUAUUUCAUUCAUGAUUUAAAAUGUGAACAAAAUAUUAUCAGCAGCGAUGAUAAUAAUGACAGUAAUAGUCGUAAUAAUGAUGAUUUGCGUGUAAUGUCAAUGGAUCUAAAAUCAUCAUCAUGUCAGUCAAAAUCGACAACAAUGCAUGCAGAUGAUGAUAAUGAUGAUGAUGAUGAUAAAGUAAAACGUAUUGAAGAGAAGCGUGGAAAAGUGACAAGCACACGAUUUCCAGGACGAAAAACAGAAUCGAUACUAACGGCAAAUGAAUCAUCUAAUGGUAUAACGAAAAAAUCUAAAACUGCAAUAUGUCAUUCAGCACAAAUUAAGAGAAAAAAUGAUUUGGAAAAUGAUGAAAUUUACAAUUUAUCAUCUGGUGAUCCAACUGAUUACACUGAAAAGCCAAGCCGAAAAAUCCCAUUUUGGGCUAAAAAACAAAAUUUACAACAAAUUCUUAUCAAACAACAAAAAUGGUCCAUCCAUGAUAUUGAUGCUCUAUUUGGUAAAAUUCAUCCGCCUGAUAUGCAAAAAAUGUUUGGUGAUAAGAUGCUAUCAGCAACGCGCAGCUCAUCAGCAAUCUGGGAGUCACCAAUUUGGAAUCCACGUGUCGGUUAUAGCGCUUAUCAUAUGACAUUUCAACAAAUUGAAAACGACAAUAACAUUCGACGAUCACAAAGAGCAAAAAAACUUGUCUCUUAUGUUACAUAUUUCUGA